GGGACCCAAGAUGGCUGAAUACUCACGGGGGGACAGUUAGCAAUUAUCUGAGCAAGACGUCGGGAAUGAAUGGCAAAUAGCAUUAUAAUGUAAAACGUAACAUUGAAGUAAUUAUACGACUACAGUUUGUUCGUUUGCAUAUUUUUGGGGAUGCAUGAAUACCAGUAUGGAGAGAGUGGUCUCUCCGCGGCCCCGAGCCAGAACAUGGCGGAACACUUGGGGCAGAAAUAGCGGCUAACGCUAGCUAGCUGGCGUAUUAUUUAGACACAAUUAGAGAGAUUGGUCUGGGUUAAACACGGUGUCUGCGGUCCGCGGGUGUGAAAUAAUGUUAUCGGUGCACAGGUCUGGUCAUUUUGCUUCAAAUGGUUGUUUAACACUGAAUAUGUGGAGCGUAGGCAGUUAGCGUACUAGCUAACUAGUUAACUCGUUAGGUUUGCUAGCUAACGUAACUGGCUAACGUUGCCCGCAAGCGUACAGACUGUACUAAUAGACAGGCAGGGUGUUUUGGAAGCCAGUGAUCGUAACAGUGGGGUUUAUUCUGAAUACUCCUUACUCAACUGUAUGUUGGGAGUUUGUAAUGUCUGUCAGCCCUUGUUUUGUCGACUAACACUUUAGCUAACGUCAAUGCCCUCCGCACUGUAAAUUAGUCUGUCGUUAGCUUGCUACAAUGGUCUGUAAGCUGAUUUUGUGUGGCGCGUUGCCCGUAACCCUGGCGAGAUAAGUUUUGAGGCAGCUUGUCAAAAUUAUCAGAUAUUGUAGUUAUUACUGCAGAGUCGACGAGGGACUGUUCCUGGAUACUCGUCUAGGUGUUCCGCUUUUAAGGUGAAGCAGACAUCCUCUAAAAGCCAAGAAGGUCCGGGAGGGGGAAACCGGUUACAACCACCUGCCAGGAUGACGGACACUCGUCGACGAGUCAAAGUCUAUACCCUCAAUGAGGACAGACAGUGGGAUGACCGUGGGACAGGGCACGUCUCCUCGGCUUAUGUGGAGCGAUUGAGAGGCACGUCUCUACUGGUGCGAGCAGAGAGCGAUGGUUCCCUUCUGCUGGAGUCCAAAAUCAACCCAAACACAGCCUACCAGAAACAACAGGACACAUUGAUAGUGUGGUCAGAGGCUGAAAAUUAUGAUCUGGCACUCAGCUUCCAAGAGAAGGCUGGCUGUGAUGAAAUCUGGGAGAAAAUAUGCCAGGUGCAGGGGAAGGACCCGUCAGUGGACAUCACACAGGAUGUGGUGGAUGAGUCUGAGGAGGAGCGCUUUGAUGACAUGUCGUCGCCAGGCCUGGAAUUACCACCAUGUGAACUGAACCGCUUGGAAGACCUGGCUGAGCUGGUGGCCUCUUCACUCCCAUCGCCACUUCGGCGCGAGAAACUGGCACUGGCUGUGGAGAACGAGGGCUACAUUCGCAAGCUCCUGGAACUGUUCCGUUUGUGUGAGGAUUUGGAGAACCGAGAGGGACUGCACCACCUGUACGAAAUCAUCAAAGGCAUCUUCCUGCUCAAUCGUACUGCACUCUUUGAGGUUAUGUUCUCUGAUGAGUGCAUCAUGGACGUCAUUGGUUGUCUGGAGUUUGACCCAGCACUCCCUCAGCCACGGCGGCAUCGGGAGUUUCUCACCAAGACAGCCCGCUUUAAGGAGGUGAUCCCCAUAUCUGAUCCUGAACUGCGUCAGAAAAUACAUCAGACGUAUCGGGUGCAGUAUAUUCAGGACAUGGUGCUGCCCACACCCACUGUUUUUGAGGAAAACAUGCUGUCCACCCUGCACUCCUUCAUCUUCUUCAACAAGGUGGAGAUUGUGGGCAUGCUACAGGACGAUGAGAAGUUCCUGACAGACCUCUUUGCACAGCUAACAGAUGAGGCUACUGAUGAUGACAAAAGACACGAACUGGUGAACUUCCUAAAGGAAUUCUGUGCAUUCUCACAAACGUUACAACCUCAAAACAGAGACGCCUUCUUCAAGACAUUGUCAAACAUGGGCAUUUUACCUGCACUAGAGGUCAUACUGGGAAUGGAUGAUGUCCAGGUGCGUGGGGCGGCCACAGAUAUCUUCUCUUAUCUGGUGGAGUACAACCCCUCCAUGGUACGAGAGUUCGUCAUGCAGGAGUCUCAGCAGAAUGAUGAUGACAUCCUCCUGAUAAACCUGAUCAUAGAACACAUGAUCUGUGAUACAGACCCAGAACUAGGGGGGGCAGUGCAGCUGAUGGGCCUGCUACGGACUCUGGUCGACCCGGAGAACAUGCUGGCUACAGCAAAUAAAACAGAAAAGACAGAGUUCCUGAGUUUCUUUUACAAGCACUGUAUGCACGUCCUCUCAGCUCCACUACUGGCCAACACCACAGAGGAAAAACCUAGCAAAGGUAUUGAAUAUCUGCGAGGUGUUCGAGUACAUGUGUAUUGUUUUUUUUUUUUUUUUUGUUUUGUUUUUGUUAUUGUUGUUUUUAAAUAUAAUUUUGUCAACAAGUGUUUUGAAUGGCUUACUACCUUCUUUCUUUUUUUCUUUUCAGAUGAUUUUCAAACAUCCCAGUUGCUGGCCUUGAUUUUGGAGCUGCUGACGUUUUGUGUUGAGCACCACACCUAUCACAUCAAGAACUAUAUCAUCAACAAGGACAUUCUCAGGAGGGUUCUGGUGCUCACUGCCUCUCAGCACGCGUUCCUGGCACUAUGUGCCCUGCGCUUCAUGCGGAGGAUCAUUGGUCUGAAGGAUGAAUUCUACAAUCGCUACAUCAUGAGAAACUUUCUCUUUGAGCCUGUCAUUAAGGCCUUCCUCAACAACGGAUCACGCUACAAUCUCAUGAACUCAGCCAUCAUUGAGAUGUUUGAGUAUGUCCGUGUGGAGGAUGUGAAGUCUCUCACAGCUCAUAUAGUAGAGAACUACUGGAAGGCUCUGGAAGAUGUGGACUAUGUCCAGACAUUUAAGGGCCUAAAACUGCGAUAUGAACAGCAGCGAGAGAGGCAAGAUAACCCCAAACUGGAUAGCAUGCGAUCCAUCCUGAGGAACCAUCGCUUCCGCCGUGAUGCGCGGACACUGGAGGAUGAAGAGGAGAUGUGGUUCAACACAGAUGAGGAUGACCUCGAAGAUGGUGAGGCAGUAGUUCCUCCCUCUGACAAGAUGAAGAGCGAGGAAGACCUCAUGGAACCUAUAAGCAAGUUUAUGGAGAGAAAGAAAUUGAAAGACACAGAGGACAAAGAAGUACUGGGGAAGUCCAGCUUGUCAGGCAGACAGAACCCCAGCUUCAAACUGUCCUUUUCUGGCUCAACUAAAACCAGCCUAUCCAGCCCCCCUUCAUCUGCCACAUUGAACCCAGGUUCUCCGGGAUCACCAGGGUCUCCGGGCACAGGGGCACGGAGCUCACCCUCCACCACAACUGUAACCACAAAGGGAGGUGUAGUGGGACUGGUAGAUUAUCCUGAUGAUGACGAUGAGGAGGAAGAAGAGGAAGAGGAUGGGGAGAGUAAAGAGGACCCUUUGCCACCUUCGAAGAAGUCCAAACUGAGCUCUUAAAGAAGCAUCACUGUCUCAGCUUGUGCUCCGCUCAGACAGUUUCAGUGCAUAGACUUCACACAGGAAUGAUCAAACUUGUAAACAAAUUGAAUGAAUGAAAGCCACACCUCUCUGUCAGCUGGUGGCCCAAAGAGGAGCAGACUGUGAAUGGAUUCGAAGCCUCCUCAGACUACCCCAGACUCGUUCAUACAAGUGCCAAUCAGGAGACCAGGAGUGAAAAAUGUCCGAAAAGUGGAACAGACGUGUGAAAGUUGGGGGAAGAGAUCGCACUCAAAAGAUCUUCGGCAGGCUUGGACAGUAUGAAACAGGUUGGAGUUUGGUAAUUUAGCAACUGGAGGAAAAGACCACAUACAAAAACACAUGUACAAGCAGACUGAAAUCCCCGAGAGCUCAUGGGCUCGGACCAUAACCCACUGCCCCCUCGCCCCCCCACUCAGGGAAGGACAUCACAGCGGCCCAGAUGGGUCGGCCAAUUCAGACCCAGAACCACAACUCGCACCCACUCCCCUCAGAAUCCUUUCUACUUCUUUUCUCCUCUGCUCUCCCUCUCUGUGUCUGUUGCUUUUUGUCCCCCCCUCCCUCUUUUUUUUUUUAAGUUAGUAUAUAGGACCAGACGGGAGGCAGCAUGUGGCAAAGAGCUGUCCUUGUUGUCGUUUGAUGAUGUCAUCAGUGUCGUCGUUCCUCAGAGGACGUUCUUUCUCUGACGAGAAAAAAGCCAGCAGUUUCUUCAUUAUUUUCUUUAAUUUUUUUUCUCUAUUUGUCUCUCAAUCUUUCUCCUGUUUUUUGUAAAUGACAACAAAAAAGACCUGCCUUUAAAUGUUCAGGACGUUUUCAGUCACACUUGAACAGGUUUUUAAAGACCUCAGUAGGUGAGCUAGUUUUACCCUUUUUGCCCUUUGAAACUGCAGAUUUUUUGGAGAAUUUGUAAUCCCGUCUUGAUUAAAGAUUGAGUGGAAUUCUAGAUGUGAUGAAUUUUGUCAUAUCUUCUCAUUUUUUUUCCUUUUACAUGAGUGUACACUUAGUUGUUCAGAAUAUUUGGGACCAUUAAAAUGAUCUUUGCUGUAA